ACCCGGGCGCCGGGCAAACACCAGGCCGCCGAAGGUCCCGGGGCAGAGACUGCUGCCGGAGUCAUCGCAAUGGCCGGACCUGCCCGUGGGUCCGCGCGCCCGCUGCUCGCCGCCCUGCUGGCGCCGGUGCUGGUGGCGCUGCUAGUGGCACCGGCGCGGGGCCGGGGCGGCCGAGGCCACGGCGACUGGGACGCCGACACUCUGUUGCCGCCGCUGCCGCCCCGCGACGACGCGGCGCGCGUGGCCCGCUUCGUGACGCACUUCUCCGAUUGGGGCGCGCUGGCCACCAUCUCCACGCAGGAGCGGGUGCGCGGCCUGCCCUUCGCCGACGUCCUGUCGCUCAGCGACGGGCUCCCGGCCAAGGGCAGCGGCGUGCCCUACUUCUACCUGAGCCCCCUGCAACAGUUGGUGGGCGACCUGCAGAAGAGUCCAUAUGCCACGCUGACCAUAUCUUUGGCUCAGACCGACUUCUGCAGGAAGCACGGGUACGACCCCCAAAACCCCCUCUGUGCUCACGUCAUCCUGGCCGGGACCGUGACCAAGGUGAACGAGACAGAGAGGGAUGUGGCGAAGCAGGCGCUGUUCACCCGGCACCCGGAGAUGGCGUCCUGGCCUCCCGGCCACGACUGGUUCUUUGCCAAGCUGAACAUAACCAACAUCUGGGUUCUGGACUACUUCGGCGGGCCCAAAACAGUGACACCUGAGGAGUAUUACAACGUCACCGUCCAGUGAAGCAGAAUCGGGCGACUAGAACCGCACAGGUGACGCUGUUGGGAAGUUUCUAACAGACUGGAAGGGCGUCGGGGUUCCCGGUGGACCGAGCCCCAGAAGAUCCGCCCGUUCACUUUCACCCCGGGGGCUGGAGGGCUCGCUCGUUUACAGAAUCAAGUUGACUGUUGCUGGAUUUCUUGGAAGACGAGGUUGCUGACUUUUAUAAAUGUGAACCUGUAGUUUCAGUACCUAUACACGUGGUUUCAGAAGACGAGAUGCGAUCCCUCGUAAAGAGGCAUCAGGAAUCAAGCCCCGGAGCCCCCCUGUGGCUCAGACAGGAGUCCAUACCCACCAGGAUGUUGGAAAACAACAAAGAAAUCCAGCAAACAGCUUCUGGUUAAGAAAAAUGAGUUGCAUUACACUUGGCAAAAUAGGUUUCUUGUUCAAAGCACCAGGGAUUAAAAGCAUUGUUUUAAAUGUG